AUGGUUCGGAUCCGUCUAGGCUUUAUCGGCCUCACUGCCACUCCGACCAGCUGGGCGCCCCGCGCUCAUCUGCCAUACCUUGUAAGAUCGCCAUAUUACGAGAUCUAUGGUAUAUACAAUCGAACCAAAGAGACUGCGAAGGCUGCUAUUAAAGCACAUAAUCUCUCGCCAUCAAUUCGCAUUUUCUCGUCGCUCGAUGAGUUAACUGCCGACCCUAACGUCGACCUGGUGGUUGUCUGCACGCGCGUGGACACACAUUACCAGCUCGCAAGACCUGUCAUAGAAGCGGGCAAGAAUAUCUUCGUGGAAUGGCCAUUGGGAACUAAUCUCGAGCAAGCUCUUGAUCUUGUCAGUCUCGCUAAAGUCAAAGGGGUCGCAACCAUGAUUGGUCUGCAGGGUAGAAUGAGUCUCGCCAUCCGCAAAAUAAAAGAUCUGGUCGAGUCCGGCACCCUCGGGACCAUUUUCAGCGUCUCUAUAUGUGGUGUCGCCACAAAUUUAAACGUCAGUAUGCCAGAGAAGUAUGCCUACUUUGCAGACAAGCGAAGCGGCGGCAACAUUUUGACCAUCCGAUCGUUGCAUAUCUUGGACACCAUGUUCUACGUCCACGGUGAACCCACCCACAUUCAGUCGCAGGUGGACAAUCUUAUGCCAUAUAUACAGGUGCAGCACAGCGAUGGACGGAUUGAACAUCUAGAGAAAGAUACGCCGGACCAGAUUGCGAUUUCUGGUCGGCUAAAGGCUAGUUCAGCAGGCGAGCUAGAUCCUAGUUUCGUGUUCCACAUGCGUGCCGGAAGGCCGUUCAAGGAUCAACCGGAGCUGAUAUGGCAUGUUUACGGCGAGAAGGGUCAAUUGGAGAUUACCUGCGAGAGUGCAGGUCUCCAGAUGGGCUAUCCGCUCACAGUCAAGAAGUACGAUCAUGCCACCGAGUCGGUGGAACUCAUUGUCAAGAGUUCGCAGCUUGAUGAUGGCUUCUGGGCUGACCUUCCGAGACCGGCUAGGAAUGUAGGGAGGCUGUAUGAGGCAUACGCUUUGAGUCGGCCGUACGGGGACUGGGACCUGGCUCUCCAGCGUCACAAGUUGCUUGAUAACAUUCAAAGGACUGAAGUCAAGUAUAGAGACCGAGGUUCUCGGACUGCAUGA